CGUUCACGGCGGCAAGCAACGGGCAAUUUCGAUUUCCGCAUUAAAAAAAUGGGGCCCCGCUUUUGUAUCCACCCCCGCUUAAACCGCGACAAUUUCGCCCCCAUUUCUUUACGGGGCGCCGCAUUAAUUUAAUAUCCCCGAUAAUCUAUUUUAUUUCUUUUUUAAUUGGGUAAUUUACAUCGCCCCCCUCCUUUUUUGCCUUUUGUUUUGGCUUUUUAUUUCGCCCCUAUUUCCGUCCCCUUUUUGCUCUCUCCUCGCUCACUUGGUUUCUGGCCUUCCUCGCCUCCUCAAGCUGCAAGUUUGGAUUUUUUUUUCGUCCGGGGAAUUUUUCGGAGGAAUAUUUGUUGAUUUUUGCGUGUUUUUGAGUUUAUUUUUUGGGGGAUUUUUGGUGUAAUUUUUUUUGUAUUUUUGAGGGGGGCGCUUAAGGAGGGAGGAGGUGGUGGGAGAUGGGGCUUGUGUGUGAGAGCUCCAAUGGCGAGAGCUCGUGACGCCAGCCCUAGAACUAAGAGGGAGUGGACGCGUGCGAGGUGCUGCGUGCAUGGAGGCCAAGUCGGGAGAAGCGAGUGCUGCGCCUGCGCCUAUGGCCGCAGCGGCAGGUACGGCGCCGCCGGAGGUGACGGUGAGCUUCCAGUCGCCGGCGCCAGCUACGGCGCCUUCAGCGGAGAAGGGUAGCUCCAGCGGUGUGCUGGUGUCGCCGCCUACGGGGACGGCGACGGUGGCGGCGGCGGGAGGGGGUGCGCUGGCGUUGGCGCCGGUGUUGAUGAAGGUGGCGAAGAAGAGGGGGAGGCCGAGGAAGUACGGGCCGGACGGGAGCCUGAUCCGCCCGCUGAACGCGAUGCCGAUCUCGGCGUCGGCGCCGAUGUCGGCCGCCGUGGCGGCGGGGACGUACACGCCGGCGGCGGCGGUGGGCGCCGCCAUGAAGCGCGGGAGGGGCCGGUCUUUCGACUUCGCAGCCGCGGCCGUCGCGGGCAACCAUAACCAGCACCACCACCAGCAGUUCGGCUUCCACUUCGACUCGCUGGGUGACACGGUGGCAUGUUCUGCUGGUGCAAAUUUCACUCCGCAUAUAAUUACUGUUGCUCCUGGUGAGGAUGUGACAACGAAGGUUAUAUCAUUUCUCCAACAAGGACCACGAGCUAUUUGUAUUCUCUCUGCAAAUGGUGUGAUAUCAAACGUUACACUUCGUCAGCCCGAUUCCUCUGGUGGCACAUUGACUUAUGAGGGACGCUUUGAGUUGCUGUCCUUGUCUGGAUCCUUUAUGCCUACUGAAAAUAGCGGAACAAGAAGUCGAUCAGGUGGGAUGAGUGUGUCUCUUGCCAGCCCAGAUGGGCGUGUAGUGGGUGGUGGAGUUGCCGGCCUUCUGGUGGCAGCAAGUCCUGUUCAGAUUGUUGUUGGAAGCUUCCUGCCAAGCUAUCAGCUGGAGCAGAAGAACAAGAAGCCGAGGGUGAACACAGCACCCGCCCUUGCCCAGACCGCUCAAGCUGUUCCGAUCUCUAGUGCGGAGACCCACAGCACUGAGCAAGGGCUGCACAGCUCCGCGGCCCAGAGAACAACGAACAUUGUAACCUCACCAUACAGUGCAGACCAGAGCUGGGCAUCCCCUGCCCAGCCAAUGGCCGAGGCAUCUACGACGCCUUCAGGUGAUCUGAAGGUCACUGCCUCUGGAUCGUGAACCUGAAGCCCUGCCAGAGGGAAUUACACUGACCGGGAAUGGAGUUCUCAGUCUGCUGCCCCCGCGGUGGAAUAUCCACGCCUUGGCUCAUUUCUUCCUGACUUGUAAAAGAUGUGCCUGCAAUUCCACCAGGUUGAAUUCUAUUUCAGGCAGGAGAGUCUAACUGCAUUUGCUGUAGCUGUUCGACGUUAGUUUCACUUGUACCACCCCUUCCUUCGGUUUUGUAACACCCUUUGUCUGAGAGUGUAGUUACAGUUUGUGCUAGCGUGUCUUAGGCAUCCUUGGAUUAUUCUGCACUGUAUCUCUAUCGAAUCCCUUAAAUUAGCAUGACUUGGAGAUUCUCUAUC